AUGCCUUCAUACGCCAUCAUCGGAGCCUCCCGUGGUAUCGGGCUCGAAUUUGCCAUUCAGUUGGGUAAAGUUGCGGGGAACACCGUAUUUGCUGUCGUCCGCAACCCCGACACGGCGAAGAAACUUGAGCCCGUAGUUUCCGCACACCCCAAUGUCCACAUGAUCAAGGGCGACAUGGAAAGCGCUGCGUCUCUGCAGUCUGCCGUCGCCGACGUCUCCAAGAUCACCGGCGGGAAGCUGGACUACCUCAUCGUCAACGGCGCCCGCUUGCUCACGGCCAACUUCCAGUUCACCAUCGAUAAAUACGCUAAGCUCAUUGCAUUCGUUAGCCCCGACGCGCAGACUCUCGAAACCGACCUGAUGGAUGGGUUCCGCAUCAACGCCGUCGGAGCCGCGCAUUCUGCGAACGCCUUCCUCCCCCUCCUCCGCAAGGGCGGCCCGAAGAAGAUCCUCUUCGUGGCCUCGACGGCCGGGGACAUGGACUUCGCGGUGGCGAACGAUUUCGCGAACAACUGCCAGUACACGGCGUCCAAGUCGGCGAUGAACAUGAUCGCCGCCCAGUUCGCGAUCGCCCUCAAAUCCGAGGGCUUCGUCGUGCUCGCGAUCAACCCGGGCAUGGUGAACACGAUGGCCGAGGACCCGAACGACUUCCAGACGGUGCUGAACAUGGUGCCGGAUAUGGUGAAGAAGUUCAAGGAGAACUAUCCCGAGUGGAACGGGCUGCCGAUCACACCGACGAAGUCGGUGUCGAUGGUUCUUGAUGUGUUGCACAAGGCGGGCCCGGAGUCGUCUGGGAAGCUCUUGUCGCACCACGGCGAUAAGGCGUGGUUCGACAGCGACUAG